GACCUCUCUCCCUCCAUCUCUCUCUCUCUCCACAGCAUGCCAACCGUCAACUUAUAUCGCCAUCUACGUCGUCUACACGCCUCCAUCCGUGCGUGUCUACGCCCCUACGUAACUUAGCACCCUCGUCAACGCCCUUCGACCUGCCAAUUGGUCGAUUCUGCGUCUACCUGGACUGAUCUAAAUUCCUAGAGAUCGGUAGGGUCGGUCCACUCCGCGGCAGUUCCCGGGGAUCGCUGUUCUUAGGUCAGAUCCAUGUUCACGAAUCCUUAGCCUGCAUGCGCCUUAAAAAGUCCCGCCCUCUCGCUUGUUUUUAUUACGCUCGCCUUUCCACUAUACACAUCUAUUCUAGAGCCUGUGCCACCUGGGCGGGCGCCGCAACAGAUAAAUUGCUAUGGACGGGUCCGAUCUAUCCGACUUGCAGUCCCAGAAAUCAGAUCGCGCCGCUCCUCUGCCCCCUGUCAAGAAGAAACAAAGGAGGGGCGGAGACGCCUCCAUUCAGAAGCGUCGGUGCGUUAGUACUGCCUGUAUAGCCUGCCGGCGGCGGAAAUCGAAAUGCGACGGCGCCCUCCCGAGUUGCGCUGCGUGCGCGAGCGUCUACGGCACCGAGUGCGUCUACGACCCCAAUUCGGACCAUCGGCGAAAGGGCGUCUACCGAGAGAAGAUCGACAGCAUGAAGGCGCGAACCUCCACCCUCCAAAUCCUCAUCGAAGCCAUACUCAACGCGGAAGAGGACGAUGUCCCCGAUAUCGUCAGGCGGAUACGGACGUGUGAUAGCUUGGACGCCGUAGCGGAGUCGAUACUCAAACAAGACUUCGCCGACGAGGCGGCCGAGGAUGGGGACCAGGUAGACGGCGACUACACCACCGAUAUGCCCGUCGAAGGCGAGAGGGAUCUCGCUCGGAAGAUGGGCGAACUGCGCGUCGAGAACGGGUCGACGCGCUUCAUCGGCGGCACGUCGCACCUCAUACAUUGGGACAUUCACGGUGCUCCCAAUCCGGAAUUUGUGCCCCAAAGUCCCUCCGCCGCCGAUGCUGACCCUGUAACCAGUUGGUCUGGAGUAACAACAAGCGCGGAAGAUGUGAAGCAUCUCCUCACUAUGUACUUCAACUGGCACUACCCUUACUUUACGACCCUGUCCCGGAAGCUGUUCUAUCGAGAUUUCCUCAGCGGGCGAUCUAACAUCGGGCCCAACAAGACCGCGUAUUGCUCGCCGUUGCUGGUCAACGCCAUGCUUGCCCUGGGGUGUCAUUUCAGUGACGCCCCUUGCGCCUACGCCACUGUCGGAGACAGCUGGACCAAGGGCGACCACUUCUUCGCGGAAGCCAAGAGGCUGAUCGUCGACAACGACGAGUACGAAAAGCCGCGACUGGCGACGGUCCAGGCCUUGGCUCUGAUGUCCGUUCGAGAGGCCGGCUGCGGUCGGGAGGCCAAGGGAUGGGUUUAUAGCGGGAUGAGCUUCAGGAUGGCGCAGGACCUGGGGCUCAACCUCGAUAUCGGUGGCAUCAGGAGCGACAAUGAGAACCUGGAUGAGCAAGAGAUCGACGCGCGCAGAGUCACGUUCUGGGGUUGCUUCCUGUUCGACAAGUGCUGGUCGAAUUACCUUGGUCGACUUCCGCAGAUACCGAAGAAUUCCUAUAGCGUCCCCAAGUACGACGUCUUCCCAGACGAGGAUUCCGAGGCCUGGUGUCCGUACACCGACGCUGGCUUCGACGAGUCUGCGAGGCAGCCAUCACGGACUCGCACUGUUGGCCUCCAGCUGUCUAAGCUGUGUGAGAUCAGCAGCGAUCUCCUGCUGUUCUUUUACCACCCAAACCACAUAGGCCGGUCAAGCGGCAAGUCGGUCGAGCUGAAGAAGCUUAGCGAACUACACAGACGCCUCGAGGACUGGCGGAAAGAGUUGCCCAAGGAGCUCGAGCCCAAGGAGGGACAAUUACCCAAUGUCAUCCUCGUGCAUAUGUUCUUCCAUCUUCAAUACAUCCAUCUGUUCCGGCCUUUCCUCAAAUACUCCCCCACGACGUCGCCCUUACCACUUCAUGUGUCUCCGCGGAGAAUAUGCACCGCAAACGCGGGCGCCAUCUCUAAACUGAUGCGUCUGUAUAAGAAGUUGUAUAACUUGCGCCAGAUUUGCAAUAUUGCGGUAUACAUGCUACAUUCCGCAUGUACCAUACAUAUCUUAAACCUCCCCGAGAAAACGGCGAGGCGGGACAUCAUCCACGGCGUGAAACACCUUGAAGAGAUCGCCGAAGAUUGGCUCUGUGGGCGGCGGACCCUCAGCAUCAUCAGCGUCCUCGCCCGCAAGUGGAACGUCGAGCUUCCAGACGAAGCUUCCCAUGUUCUACGACGUACGGAUGAGAAAUGGGGCACUUUCAAGACAUCUGAUGUCCCCUCUCCCCGGUCUCAUACAACUGCAUCCUCGUCACCCCUAACCAAUAUCACAUCAACACCGCCGCAUACGAACACUGAACAGCCCAGCAAUGCUGCCCUCGCUACUGAAAGUACUGCCCCCACUGCGCCCUCGAUGGCUGCUUCGGCGUCAAUCGUUUCUUCUUGCAUAAUCGAUAGCGUCGCCCCAUCCCCCUCCGAUUUCCAGCCUGACACACAAUCGUUAAUCGACAACGUAACCAUCAUGAGCAAUACAAUACCACUGGACACGGACUCUGGGCUCACUACCCCCGAGUGGCAGCAGCCUCAGAGAACCCCAACGAUCCUCAACUAUCCCCGGAGUUACGCCUCGACACCCGCCACGAGGCCUAACCGCUCGCCACAUAACGUCGGGCGAAGCCGAGGGUCUAACCCGACGACCUAUGCGGUAGACGGCCAAGACUGGUACCUCAAAGACGGCGUCAACUGGCAGUCGAGUUUUGACGCGUGGAAUAUGGGAAACGGUGCUUCCGGGAUAAACGUAUCCGACCCAUCUAUGUUCAUAUUCACGUCCAACGCGCAGCCAAACAAUGCUGGACGCCCUCUACCUGCUCCCAUGGACUUUAACUUCGAGUCUCUGGGCAACCUGAACACCUCCGUGGACGGAUGGGACCUACCUCAUUUGGAGUAGUAGCCCCAACGGAUCGAUGUUCUAUGUAUACCGAAUCGCCCAUUCUACGCUCUACAGGCUCUUUUCUUCGACAGCGCUAUCGACUGUGCGCAGGACCAUUUACAGUCAGCUCUAGGGACACUAAGGGUAAGGAAGGUUGGCAUGCGUAGGAAUUAGAGUCAUGGGAAAAUACGGCGUAUAUAACGGCUCUGGUGCGUAUUACCGGCCUCGUUUGAGCAUCUAAAUCACCAUGAUUUAUUAGACAUUAUUUUCUGGACGCCUGAUAUGCCUCCCUCUCUGCUCCCAUAAAUGGUUAGCCUUA